GGUUCCCUGUCAUAAUUGGAAAUGGGUGUGGGUGCGGCUAUUUUGUGGGUAAUCUGAGUCAAAUCUCCUAGAAGAGGAAUUCUGGCCAAAGGCUACGUGCAGUCACUGCCACAUUCUUUACUUCACUAUCUGUGUAACCUUUGUGGAACUGUUAAAACGUCGCCAGGAGAAAAAGGUGUCUUUGUCAAGUCUAAAAGUGAAGAGUCUAGCUGUCGUUGCAAAAUGGCCAAGGUUUCUCCUCGAACAAAGAACGACAACAUAAACGAGUGGAAGGGGAUCAUCUCAGAGGUGGAAGCCCUGCAGAAGGAAAACACAGAGUUACGGGCACAGGUGCAAGAGUUGACCCGCCAAGUCAGAGAGGUGGUCGACAAGAAGGUGACCGAUGCUUUGGCUGACGAGGGCGCGGAGGUACCCGAUGAGGGCACGAAGGUGACCGAAGACGCUACGACGCUGCCCGACAACACCACGAAGGUGACCGACGACACUACAAAGCUGACCGAACCCGAGGACGAAAAAAAGCUCCAGGAGAAGCUGGAUAGGAUGACGGAAGAGAACAAACUCUUGAAGAUCAUAUUACAGGAGGGGUCUAACUUGGUAACAGACUUCAAGAAACUCCUGGAAGAGAACAAACGUCUUACGGAGAGCUUACAGCACUAAGAAAAG